AUGCCAGGGUUUGUCAUAGCCUGGUACAACCCCACUUGGGACUCGUGGAGCUAUGACUUCAGCUUCACCCGCUUCCUAUGGUACCAGAUCCCCUGCAUGAUGAUGCACGACACCGUGUUCUUCUGGCUUCAUGUUUGGGGCCACGUGAACAAGUGGGCGUUCAACAACGUCCACGGCUACCACCACCAACGCAAGGCGCGCAGUGGCAAGAACAGGGGGGCUUGUGCGAUCCUCAACGUGGCGGCGACCGCCUAUGACACCUGGAUGGACGCCCUUGGCACGUCCCCGCCGCUGGCGCUGAUCGCGUGGCUGGCUUUCCGCCAGAACAACUUCUGGGCGCUCUUCAUCCCCUUCCACACGGCGGCCAUCAUCUUUGUCAUGGGCCACUGCGGUUACGAGCUCAACCUUGACGACACGGUGGGCGCCGCCUUCCUGGCCUUAAACCCCUUUCUGAUAGUCAACAAGCUCACGGCCUCCACCAUGAAGCCGAUGGACCACGAGAUGCACCACGCCGACCCGCGCGUGAACUUCGCGCUGUUCUUCACGUGGUGGGACGAGGCCACCGGCCGCUCGUACCCCCGCCAGCGUCGCGCGCCGACGCUGCUGCUCCACGCAAUCACCACCCUCGGCUUCUUCGUGCCCUACGUUUUCUAUGUGGAGCACGCGAUCUGGCGCAGCCCCCUCGCCUUCUGGUCCCUGGUCGCCCUGCAGUACCUCGUGCCCUCCAUCCCCCGCGCCUUCUACCAGCUGCUCGGCUGCGCCGCAGCGCGCUUUGUCACGCGGCUGCCGGCGUGGGACGCGGUCAGGCGGGACUUUGAGGUGACGUACGCGCCGCCGGGCGCGCCGGGCGCGCUGGCCGCCGACCCUUCGAAGCGCUACAUAUUCUGCUACCAGCCUUGGGGCAUCCAGGCCCGCGGCGCAUGGUACACCUUUGCGGGCAAGGGCCGCGGCAGCCCCGUUGCGGCCCUGGCAGACUGCAAGCUCGCCGUGCUCUGGUCGCUGCCCGUCGCGCAGCAGCUGGCGGCGCUGUGUGGCUGCUGCGACGCCAGCUGGGAGACGCUGACCGAGCUCCUGACGGAUGAGACCCCAAAGUCCGUCUGCCUGCUGCCCGGCGGCUACGCGGAGAGCUACCACGCAGAGUCCUACAAGGUCGUCCUCAAUAAGCGCCGCGGCUUCGCGCGCCUCGCCGCAGCCACGGGGGCGUCGCUGGUGCCCGUCAUCGGCAUCGGGGAGCCGUUUGUGUGCGGGGAGCCCUGCGACUCGAGGCUGGGGCUCAUUUUCAAGGCAGUGCUCGCCUACCGCCCGUACCCUCUCAAACUGGUGUUCGGGGAGCCUCUGGAGGUCCGAGAGGGCGAGAAGCCAGAGUCCCUCCACGCCCGCUACUGCCAAGCGCUGCUGGCGCUGGCCAAGGCCCACGACGUGCCCCUCGUCAUCGCCGAGUGA